AUGAAGAGACCUUUAAAAGACAGUCAGUCCACUUCGGAUGCAGCGAAACACGUAAAACUGGAAGAUGACUCUACGGACAACAAAGCGGAUGUGAAAAAGAUUGUUUGUAAAGGCCGUGCACCAGUGGACAGUUUGUGUACCGCUAAAGUUGGGAUAGCGCAUGUUUACUAUGAACAGGAUGGCACAGUUUAUGAUGCUAUGUUGAAUCAAACUAAUCUACAGCACAACAAUAACAAAUAUUAUUUGCUGCAGCUUCUGGAAGAUGAUGACAGCAAAAACUACUCGGUGUGGUUUCGCUGGGGUCGCGUUGGGAAAACUGGACAAAAUAAGUUUUAUGACAAAACACUAAAUGAAUGGGACUGCCGCGACUGCUUCGAGAAAGUACAAGGCAAAUACGAUUUGGUGCAUCUGGAUUACGGCACUGAAAUUCAGAAUCAAAACGCCUUACCACAACCGGAUUCAAAAUCAGUUGCCAUCGUCGAAUCCAUGCUCCCUUCAGCGGUACAGCUUCUAAUAAAGCUCAUUUGUGAUUUGAAGUCGAUGGAGGAGUCUGUGAUUGAAUUGAAAUACGAUGCUCGUCGUGCACCUUUGGGAAAGCUUAAGAAAGCACAAAUCAAGGAGGGCUACAAAGCGUUGACUUCCAUAUCGAACUGCAUCGCUCAACUGGCCCAACUUUGUUCAGGUUCCGAGUCGAGUGACGGAAAGUCUAGCGGCAAGAAAAACAAGCGGGUAAAAGUGAACGCAUCCGAAAAACGAAAGAUAGAACAAGAUCUGCUGAUGGCGUGCAACAUAUUCUACACUCGUGUCCCCCAUGAUUUCGGGUGA